AUGACGCGCUCUAGCCCAUCUUCAAAGCCCGAGGCGGCCGAUUUCGCCUUGCCUCCUUACAACCGCAACGUCACCACAAGCAAGCCCGAGGCUAAGAAAUGGGUUGAGACCGGGUUCAUCUGGAGCUAUGGAUUCAACCAUGCGGAGUCGGCACGCUGCUUUGAGAAGGCAAUCUCCAUCGAUCCCGAGUGUGCCUUGGCAUAUUGGGGGCUUGCCUUUGCUCUCGGACCCAACUACAACAAGCCGUGGAAUCACUUUGACCAGGAGGAUCUCAAGAUUACCAUCGCGCGAGGCCGCGACGCCUUGGCCAAGGCGAAGUCACUAUCUUCGGCGGUCGACCCAGUAGAGCGCGCUCUUAUCGACGCCCUCCAGCAUCGAUUCCCCCAGGAUGGCGGGAUUGGAAGCCGCCUCGAGUACAGAGCCUGGAACAAGGCAUAUGCUGAAGCCAUGAAGCCAGUCUACGAUGAGUUCAAAGACGACCUCGACGUGGCUGUUCUGUAUGCUGAUGCGCUCAUGAAUCUCACGCCUUGGGGGUUGUGGGAUGUGCGUACCGGGAAGCCGGGACCUGGCUCGCGAGUUUUGGAGACCCAGGAUGUUCUCGAGAGGGGCCUGGCCCAAGAAGGUGGCUCCGAGCAUAUUGGACUUCUGCACAUGUACGUCCAUCUCACUGAGAUGUCUACCGAACCUGAACGCGGCCUCCCAGCGGCAGAGAAUCUCCGACGGCUAUCAGCAGAGGUCGGCCAUCUCGCGCACAUGCCGUCGCAUCUCGACAUUCUCAUCGGAGACUACCGACGCGCUAUCACUGCAAAUGCAAAGGCUGUCCGAGCCGAUGAGAAAUUCGUCUCCCUCCGUGGAGGCAGUGACUUCUACACCAUCUACCGCAUGCACGAUUACCAUUCGCUCAUUUACGCUGCCAUGUUUGCCGGGCAGUUCAAAGUAUCCAUAGACGCGGUGGACCAGAUGGAAGCCGCCCUUCCUGAGAGCCACUUGCGGAUCCAGUCACCGCCCAUGGCUGACUGGCUGGAGACGUUCCGAUCGGUGCGUCCGCACGUGCUGAUCCGGUUCGGACGCUGGCAGGACAUAAUCGAUCUUCCAAUACCGGAGGAUCAGCAGCUGUACUGUGUGACGACAGCUACGAUACACUACGCCAAGGGUGUGGCCUGGUCGGCGACUGGAAACGUCCCCGAGGCGGAGAAAGAGCGAGAGCUUUUUAUUCAAGCGAAGGGCCGAGUUCCCCCCAGCCGCAUCGAUUACCCGAACAAAUGCUCUAAUGUUUUGGCCGUAGCUGAAGCCAUGCUCGAUGGAGAGCUAGAGUAUCGUCGGGGAAACAUCGAGCUGGCAUUUGAGCAUUUGCGAGAGUCUAUCAAGCGGGACGAUUCCCUCAUCUACUCCGAGCCAUGGGCCUGGAUGCAGCCGGCCCGCCACGCCUACGCCGCCCUCCUCAUGGAGCAGGGCCGCAUCAAGGAAGCCGCUGAGGUCUAUCGCACCGACCUAGGCCUGAACGACACGCUCUUCCGCGCACGACACCACCCGAACAAUGUGUGGGCGCUGCAUGGAUACCACGAGUGUGCGGUGAAGCUUGGCUUAGAAGGGGAGGCACGCAUCAUAAAGCAGCAGCUUAAGACGGCUAUGGCGUUUGUGGAUGUGCCAAUUGAGUCGUCUUGUUAUUGCAGACGGGACACUGCUGAGGCUGCUAACAGUUGCUGUUCAAAGAUUUAG